AUUCACUUCCGGCAGCAGGCAUCGAAGUCAUGGCUGCCUUCCUCCGAGCUGUGCCGCGGUCGCCAGGGCCAGCUGCAUGGGGAAGGGCUCUCCACGAGCUGUGGUGCUGCAGUGGGCAGGAUCCUAGGAGGUGGGUGGGAAGCAGGCCACCAGCCUCCAAGGAGAAACCACCCGGCACAGAGACGGAGACAUUUAAGAUGGUGUACCGGUUUGAUGCCAUCAGGGCUUUCGGGUACUUGUCUCGGCUGAAGGUGGCACAGACGGCCCUGACGGUGGUGGCCUUGCCGCCUGGCCUCUACUGGUACUCCCAGGGCCUCAUGACCUUCAACUCCCUGUGCCUGGCGGGCGGGAUCGCUGGCUUUGCCCUGGCCAUGUUGUGCUGGAUGAGCCAUUUCUUCCGGAGGCUGGUGGGCAUCCUGUAUGUGAACGAGUCGGGCACCAUGCUGCGGGUGGCCCACCUGACCUUCUGGGGCCGGCGACAGGAGACAUACUGCCCUGUGGCCGACGUGAUCCCCAUGACGGAAAGCCAGGAUCGGCCUCAGGAGCUGUUUGUGCGGAUCCAGCAGUACAAUGGGAAACAGACCUUCUACCUCACCCUGCGCUACGGACGCAUCCUGGACCGAGAGCGUUUCACACAGGUGUUUGGGAUGCUGGACAAGCUCAAGUGAACGGGCAGGAGCCAGGCCUCCUGCAGGAAGCCUGAGGGUGUGAGCGGGGCUGAAGGAGGGGGUCGGGCAGCUGGAGACUUUGCUGGGGCCCCUGGGAACUUGUCUUUUGGGAUGAGGAAAUUCAUGAGGUAGAAGUGAGUAACUGGGUUUAGAAAGAGGCCCUGAGUGCAGAUUCUUAACUGCACUUGUGUGUGACAUUCAGAUAAUGGCCAGAAGUUUCUGUUAAGAGCCAGUUCUUGGAGGAAGAGAUGCUAAGCUCUCUCGAACAGUUUACACUGCUGUGAAAUCAAAGACAGAGAGGUGGGGGGCGGGAGCCAGAAGACUUGGGUCUGUCCGUUUCCAAAUCCCUGUCCUGGGGCAGGUUAUCAAGUCUCUCAGAGCCUUGGUUUUCACAUCUUUUUUUUUUUUUUUUAACAUGUUUAUUGGCGUGUAAUUGCUUUACAAUGGUGUGUUAGUUUCUGCUUUAUAACAAAGUGAAUCAGCUAUACAUAUUCAUGUAUCCCCAUAUCUCCUACCUCUUGCGUCUUCCUCCCACCCUCCCUAUCCCACCCCUCUAGGUGGACACAAAGCACCGAGCUGAUCUCCCUGGGUUUUCACAUCUUAAAGUGGAAAAAUCCUCCCUGUCUCCCGUGAUGGGUGUGAGAAUAAACAAUAAAUGUCAUUGUUAGUUCAGAGGUGAUGGCACCGCAAAAGGCUUCCAGGCAAUGGGUAGGGAUUUCACCAGCCCUAUGCUGCGCCCCCUUGUGGACCCAGCGGCGGGGGGACCAGGAUGAAGCCUAGAGGUGGGUCGUUUAUUCUGCCAGCACAGUAGCUGCACAGCCACUGGGGCAAGGUUGUAAUCCGAGCAAGUUCACCGCCCAGAGAUCUAGGGGCUCUCACAUCAGAAGGCUUUGCAGUGUGAUAAAGUCAGAUGAACUAUAUGCUGGUGUGAUACUUUAUAAAAUAAAGCCAGGUAUAUGUAAUGUCCCCCGUAAUUAGCAAUAUGCUUAUUAUAUAAUUUGUAACAAAGUAAAGAGGAAAGAAGUCAUGAUCUUUGUAAUUCUACCACUCAGAAGUCAAUAACUAAAUUUUGUUUUGUGA